AACAGGCGGUGCGACCUACAUUCUUACCACCACCACCGACGAUACUCAUGGCUCGACUGCAUUCAGCUCCGUCUAUUGAUGUACAGAACCCAUUAUACUGCCCUACCGUACCCGCUGCUUCCUUUCUCAAUGCGCUACGAACCCAGCUAAACCGUCCGAUACGCUUGCCUCAGAAUUCUAACAGAAAAGGACGCCGCACUGGCUCUAGAUUUGACCCCAAGGUCGUCGUAUCCUCGUUUACUCAUUUGCUUGGCAAAGCGCUCCUGCAGGACGAUUCUUCUCGAAACACGAUGCUCAGGACCAUCAAGACGCGUAGUCAAAACUGUAAUACGAAUACAGACUUCAUCCAGCUUCCAUGGGACAUUUCUGGCUCCUCUUCAUCGAAGGACACAUCACCAAGACCCUCUCUGAAACGAAAACUGUCUGACAGCUUCCCCGAAAUACUUCAUGGACCUACAAAACACGCUAAAUCUUUCACUACUUUUCCUGCCAGCGAAGACUUGAAUCCUGAAGACAACGAAUCUGUCACAUUUCUACCGCUGGACUUGAGUCGGGCUUGUGAUAGCGACCUGUCUCCGGUUCAGACUCAAGAACUGGUAGAGAAGGAAGCAGGUUCAAUUGAGGAACAGUUAGUAAAUCGUAUACGGAUGCUUGAAGACUUCCUUUAUGGUCCUCCGAUUGGUCCAGAAUCACCCCGCGGACUCAGUAUUCUCAUUGAUCGAUUGGGUACCCUGCUUCCUGGCAUCCGACUCAAAGAACGACUCAGCGCUUUGCACGACAAGUCACAUCAAGGCAUCGCUGAUUACAUGGGCGAACACGGUCUGCUAAACAACCGCGUCAUUUCCAUCUUGCGGACCUCUGAAAUCCGUAACCUAUCGUUAAGUAACUCCCUAGCCGAUGAAGACGGUUUGAAUAUUGAUGGACGCGAUGUUUUCUCAGUUUUCAGCAAGCCGAACAGCUUUCUAUUUCUAUCGUUUCUGUCUCUUAGUGGUACCCUAGUCCAUGAUUUUGAUCUUGUGCAUAUCCAACACCUGCCUCGACUCUCCGCUCUGCUUCUCAAUAACACUGGUAUCGGAAAUGAAGCAGUAUACAUCAUCACCUCACUCAAGCGAACUCUUACUCAUCUCUCUGUUGCUACCAACCCGGACAUUGACAAUGAUGCGAUACCCGCACUGCUGCUCCUCUCCAGGUUGUCUUUCUUGUCCAUCCAGGAUACUAGUAUCGAUAUGCCUGGUCUUCGUCGUCUAGCGCAAGUCAUCAACCGUGAAGGGCGAAUCAUCGAUGUAGAGAUACCCGGGGCUUGCGAGCAUUAUAUUGAUAACCUCCAUGAGAAAUACCUUCUUGACAUUCAGCCUCCACUAAUUCGCCGAGCUUCUCUCUGUUCGCAACUCUCCGGUGCGGCGCUCAAGCGUAACCUCUUGGCACAUGCAACGUGUAAUCCAGCUAUCCUUGCCGCAGGGACUAAAGCCGAAAUGAAGGACCGCCUAGAAGGUAUAUUAAAGGUGAGAGAGAUGGAUAUACUUGUGGCUGUGAUGAUAUCGGCGUGAACUUUUUUUAUCGAGCUUUCGAAUAAGUGUUUUCUGUGUGUUUUGACCCAGGCUUUGUUUUAUUGUCGUUGUUAUGAUUCCGAAACCACUAUCCUACCUCAUGUUAAUAAUAAUAACAAUAUGUAAUGUUUUGUGUACAGAUUUGAUCCUUUAGACUUGCUAUUAUAGUGCAUCAGUUCUCGAGAUCCCUCACGUACAUACACCUACAAUCAGAACGAGCCGUG